CAGGCCUGUCACUGCGCUGUCUCUGCCCGCUAAUGGCAGGCCUAGUGGUGCAAUUAAACUCAUGCUUCAAGGUGCCUCUGAGUUAAACCUCCGACCUUGCUUUGGGAAAAGCUUGAACCCACCCCCCCCCCCCUUAUAAUAAUUGGGGACAAUCUGGUGAAACCCAAUCUGAUCUUAUUCGCGUGUCUCCGUCAAAAUUUACUGACGUUACUGAUAUAACCUCUGAUUUGGCGUUCGUGAUCUGACGACACGGGCCUUUGGCAAGGUUUUUUUUGGUAAAAGCAAUUUGAUAUUCCAUUUGCUCGAUCCGCUCUAGCCCACCAGUCUCUGCAGUACGAGGGUUUCCGUCGGAGGGUAGAAUACAGCAAAGGAGCCUCCAUUUUGUGCUGAAAAUGAACAAAACAAUGAAUCUAGCAAGGUGACAUCUUCUAAAGUCCACUAAGAACUUCUGUCGAUUCUGGAACUACUUAGAAUCUGGACUUGCUGUGCUUAUACAGUCUGGGCUAAGCCAUUUAAAAAUCAGUUCUGUAAUAAAAUGCUUCCUGUCAGCUCUGUUCAAAACAUUCCCUUAUGUCAGUAUUACUAAUUAAACUUGGGAACAACUUGGAUUUCCUGAGAGGAAAAAAUCUUGCCAUAUUUUCUUUAUACAGUUUGCCUUUGUAAGAAUUUUGUCGUUAAAUGAUUUUUUUCAGAAAUUGGUAAAUAUCUGUCAAUUACUUUGGAAAGAAAUUGAGAGUAAUCUCUGUGAUCUUUAGAGUAUAAUUCAAGAUCAUGAAAAGACCAAAUAAACAUCGACAACUCCAAUUCUUCAGCCUCUUCAGCAGAAAACCUAAAUCUAAGUCAAAGCUUGAGAUGUCUGCUGUCACAGUUGAGGGAGUAAACACUAAAACAGAGAGUGAGGAUGAGAAAAAGAUGACCUCCUCUAAUAGAACAAUACAGUCCUCCAGUAACGAACAGUUGUUGGGCACUCUGGAGUGUCCACUCUGCCUUCUUAGCCAGCCUCGAUCCCAGUUCCCAGAGAUUAUUUCUUGUCAUCAUCGUUCUUGUCUGGAUUGCUUACAGCAAUAUUUGAAAAUUGAAAUUACAGAAAGCAGGGUCAAUGUUGCCUGUCCAGAAUGUUCAGAAUUGUUUCAUCCAUCAGACAUCCGUAUGAUUCUCAACAAUGGCACUUUGAUGGAAAAGUACGAAGAAUUCAUGCUGCGAAGGUACCUUGCAUCUGACCCAGAUGCCCGAUGGUGUCCUGCACCUGAUUGUAGUUAUGGAGUCAUUGCUAAUGGCUGUGCAACCUGCCCAAAGCUGACAUGUGAGCGCUCAGGCUGUGCAACUGAAUUCUGUUAUCAUUGCAAACAACUCUGGCACCCGGACCAAACCUGCAGCGAAGCUCGUAAACAGAGAGACGUGUUUGUGGCUGGGAUAGAAAAACACUCUACCUCUCUUAUUCACAGUGAAGAAACAGACAAUGCUGAAGAAAUCAAGCCGUGUCCACGAUGUGGUGCAUUUAUCCUGAAGAUGAACGAUGGAAGCUGCAACAGGAUGACAUGUGCUGUGUGUGGCUGCCAGUUCUGCUGGCUAUGCAUGAAGGAAAUUACAGACCUGCACUACCUCAGUCCCUCUGGCUGCACUUUCUGGGGCAAAAAACCUUGGAGCCGGAAGAAGAAGAUUCUCUGGCAAGUGGGCAUGUUGGUUGGUGCUCCAGUUGGAAUUACAUUGAUUGCUGGCAUUGCUGUUCCGGUUAUGAUGGUUGGUCUCCCUAUCUAUGUGGGACGAAAGAUUUAUAGUCGUUGUGAAAGUAAUAAGAUAUCAAAUCAUAGACGAAGACUUGCUGUAGCUGGAGGAGUUGUUCUGUCGAUUAUCGUGUCUCCUGUGUUAGCUGCAGUGACAGUUGGUAUUGGUGUACCUAUAAUGCUUGCAUAUGUUUACGGUGUUGUCCCAGUAUCACUCUGUCGGAGUGAUUGGUGUGGAGUUACAACUGGAAAUGGAAAAGGUGUAAAGAUUGAAAUAGAUGAAGAUGCUGCCUCUGUUAAUGAGCCACGCCCAAGGUUACAUAACCACAGUAUCAGUGGUAGCAGUGUGCAAGAGGUAACCAGUGGUCUGAGUGCAAGUGGAAGUAAUCUGGACAGAGCAGGAGUAAAACUGGAAAAUGAGCAAUCGGCAAGCACAGUAGCACUAGCAGGAAGCAUGCUUAGCGCUGAACAGGAUUCUUCAAACAGGGAGGGAAAGAACAUAGAGGUCCAUGUGGAUAUUGAAACAGAGCCUGGUGGGGCAAAAGACCGCAGCAGCAGUAGCUACUUGUCUGUUCACAGCUUGUCCAUGGAAUCACCACACUGUUCUCGAGAACUGUUAUGCAACACUAACCCAAACACCGAAAGGAUUUCCAUUCAGACCUGUGUAUGAAAGGCUUUAAACACUAUUCUUUUCAGGAUUGAAUGUGCCACCUUCUGCCUAUGGCUGGUGAAAAUCCACCUUUGAUCUCUGUGCUCGAUUUCAAACCAUGACAACAGCAAUUUGACGUUUUAAUUACGAUACUGCUGUGACAUUUGUCUUCUGAGAUGGAUGCUGAAAUACAAACCUGCAGUUUCACCACUGGCUGGCUCUGGAGUUGUAUGCGCAGUGUAAUAUUUGCCAAUUUUAAAGGCCUUUUGCUGCAAAGUAUCACUAUUGUUUAACUGGAAGUACCCAAGAAGUAUGAAAUCAGUUAGUGUAGAGUUUUGUACAGUCUCUGAUUGUGAUUCCCUUAAAUCCAGAGACCACAGAGUGCCAGAAAUGUUUGUUUUGGUAUGUGGAAUUAUUGGAGAAACGGAACAGAAUUGACUUCAAUAAGACUUAAAGCACUGCAGGAAUAUACACCGAUUAUAUUAAAAGCUUCUAAGUGCUCAGCAGACAACGUUAGCCUGCAAGAAUUCAGAACAGCAUGUUUAAUAUCUCAAAUGUGCGCAAUAGCAGUGAAUAAGUUACCAGGUGUUAUUGUUGAAUUAAAUGAGUCAGCUUUAGCUUUGUAUCAGCUGGAAGAAAGUGUUAUUUUGGUAAUUAACCUCAAAUUUUGGAGCUAAAUAGUCAGAUGGUCCCUUGAUAAUCUUUGUAAAAUGGGCACAUUAUAAUCUUCAUUCUAAAUUUUAAACCUUGAUUGCAGCACAUUUUGAGCAUGUCCUAUCAGAGUGGAGGACCCUUAUUUUGCUGCUAUGUUGAAUUGUGCACCAAAGAUUGACUGGUUCCAUCUGCAAAAACUGGUUCCAUAUCUUAAAGGAGCAUUCCUUCAUAAACUGGACUCUGAGCACACUCGUAUUGCUGCCAUCAUACAAUGAAAGCAGUUCCCUGAAGUUUCAAGAGUUGAUUUUUAUGAAUAGAGCUGAAGAAUUACAGAGCUCCAAAUAUGACAUUGCCAGGCCCCCAUUGUGCCAUGUUCUUGCACCCAAAGUGCUAUUGCCUUAGUCUUUGAGGAUUACAUUACAGAAACUGUAUGUCACUUCCAGGUUGCAAAGGCAGGCUUGCCAAGCCUAACAGAACAGUUGAUUCUUGAAAAUAAAAGGAUGCCUUGUAUUAGAAUUUUUUUUAAAUAAUAAAUAUUUUCUUCAUCAUUCGUAAACCACUAAGUGAAUAUUUUGCAGUAUUUUCAAUGUGUUUUGUAAAGUCUGUUGUCAAGGGAUGCUCCUUUUAAACUGCAUGAUUGCUUUAAUUUAAUUUAGAACAUAAUCCAAUUUAAAAGCAUAUAUUGUCAAUAUUCAUUGUAACUUCUGCUUUGCUGUUGUAUGAGCAUAACCAAUGUGCACAUGUCAAUAUGGCAGCUGAGAUAUUAAACAUAUUUGCCAUUAAACCUGGUGUAAUUGUAAGCUGGACCUUAAGACCUUAAGAUCAUAUAAGAGCUAUAUGUAUCUUUAAUUCACUAGAUUGCACACACAGUGAUUGAUACAGUCAGAAAAGAUUAUUAUAGUGUGGCUCUCUGCUGUAAAACACAAUAGGCUAUAUAAUAUAUGGAUAUGAAAUGAAAAUGCUUUCAAUGUAAACAGACAAGUGAGAAAUGUUGAAUGCAUGUCCUUGCCACCCGCAGUGUCUCAAAGAAAUAUAAGAAUGACUUUGUUCUGGUGGGGGCUUUAAAACUAUUCAGUGUUAUCAUGCCCUGUACUCUUUAAUGAUGUGAUCACAAUAAGUUGUAAAUGUGCAUCUAUAAGGAUAUUUGCUAAAUAUCCAAAAGUAUGAAUUUGAGUGAACUUUUUCACUAUUGAAUGAUGUCACCAUUUAGAAACUUGAAUAACUAAGUGUUUAAUUUCCAUUUCCUGAGACUGGUUAAAAUCAAUGAACUGUGCAAAACUGGAAAUUGUGUUCAGUUAAUCAGUUGUUGUGCAGUUUCUGGCCAGGUUCAACACAUUCAAUUUACUUUAAUUUAUUAUUUUUAAGUUAAAGGUGACAUGUCAAUUGUAACUUGAAUGGAGGAACUUGAGUUUAGAAUAUAAAUGAUCCAUGUGACCUGCGGAUGAUUGAUGUUAUUGGUUAUAUUUUUAAAGUAAUCUAUCUUAGCUGUCCCUUAUCUUGAUGAAGUUACCUUGAAGUAUAGGGAAUAUAGAUACUUAUUCAUAGUAACUUGGUUUGUUUUCACAUUCAAGUUUGUUAAAAUUGUCUUUCCUCAUCAGAAAGGAAAGAAUUAAAUCUCUUGCUAAUGUUGUUCUAUGAACACUAACUUGCUAAUUUUUAAAUAGAAUACCUAAUUUUUUUUGAAAACAAUUUUUCAACAAUUGAGUUCCUUUUGAAGACUGGAAAUGUGAUUACCCUCCAUUUUAACUAGUCUUGAUCUCAAAGCAUUACAUGCA